AUGGCCGCAGAAGACGAACACACAUCAACCAUCGAACCCGCCUCGAGCCCACAGCCACAGCACCCUCCACCGAAGAGAGCCAGGCCACAAGACCAUCUCCAAUCUGAGGAGACCAAGAAGAAGAAGAAACUCAGAGCACUGAGCAAGAAGGACAGAGAAGAAGCAGAGCGCACAGUAGCCAGCCUGGAAAGACAGAAAACUGCCAGAUUGACUGCCACCUGCAGAGCACCCCUGACCCGCGUCGACGAUAUCAUCCAAAAGGCAUCAACAACAACCACCCACAACACUCCGGCCAACAAACUCAAAAAGAACUCCGCAAGCACCCCCGACCAGCAGAUCAUCCAGCUCUCCGAUUCCGACUCAGACCUCGAGAUCAUCAACCAGCCCACCACCACCCUCAUCAAGCAAAAACUCAAUCCCUCCUCCUCCAAAGCGGCCAAGAAGGACCCUCCCAAGUCGCAUCUCCUGGACGAGCUAUCCAAAAAAGCAGCCUACGAGAACGCGCUAACACGCGAGAGAAAGCAGGCCGAAUUCCUCGAAAGAGGCGGCCGGCUGUCCAACAGGGAGCUGCCCAGGCGUAACAGUAAUAAUCCAUCCGAGAUCGGCCUCAAAGCCAUCCUCCAUGGAGAGGACCAGAGUGCCAAGGCUGAAGAAGAUGAAGACGAGAUAGAGAACAGCGAUGAGGAUGAGCAUCAGAGGACCAUCACCAGACCACCCGCCGACCUGCCCCACCCCGGCUCACCAUCAACAUCCAAGCCUCUCCUCCCCCCAGUCCUGACGAGCAUCACCAGCAUCAUCCUCGCACCCGAUUCGACGAGCACCGACCGGGAGUCGCUGCGGAGCUCCAAGCCGCCGCUCUCCGAGCCCUCCGAGCCGGGCGGACCUCGCCGAUCGUCCUCGCCGAUCGACCUGCCCGGCUUCCAGCUCGAUGGACCCAGCCAACCAUCUGCGAAGAAGGAGAACCCGAGCCUCCUCGAGGGCUCUCCCCCCCUCACCGGCUUUGGCCAGGUGGAGUGCUCCGGGAUCGACGGCUUUGGCGAGCUCGAGGGCUCCCCCGCCAACAGUCCUAAGGAGCGGGAUAUGAUGAUGAUGGCCUUGGGCGCUCAGGACACUGCCGUCGAAGACGACGAGCAACCAACUCAAUAUGUCAACCAUCGAGGACUCUUGACUCAGAACAAGCCAAAUGGCCCUCCUGAUUCGCCACUGAUGUCUCAAGAUGUGAUAGCUCGAACGCCGUUUGCGUUAAGGAGAGACGGCACAAAUCGGCAGGGGCAAGGAUUUAUACAGAGGGAGACGGAGGCAUCGCCAACGAAGCCCCAGGGCGUAGUACCCUCGUCAUGGAGGGUCAUCCGAUCCGCUUCUCCCGAGCCUGCCCCCAAACAGCCAGCAGGAGGCGUUGUAGACGCAUUCGCGAAAGUGAUGAACGCGCAGAUAGAACAGAGUGCCAAUCCGUUCAAGUCGCCCCCACCGGUUCCGAGCAAGAAGGCCCGGGGAAGUGGGGGCGCAGGGAGGGCGUUCUUGGCGGAUGAGGCGGACGAGUCGGAGGAUGAAUAUGAAACCUUGUUGGGAAGGCGACGAGGUGGAGAGGGGGGCUCCGGCUCGGAUGACGAGCACGGAUCGGAGGACGAGGGGAGCUUGAAAGACUUGGUGGACGAUGCGGAGGACGAGCGAGACGAGCAGACGCGGAUGAAGGAGGAGCUGGCGCGCCGGGAACUCGACCAGAAGUACCACGAGGAGCUCGAGGCGCGAAGGACGGAGCACAUCCAGAAGGUCGUCGACGGAAAGGUGCGGCUCAAGCAGGCCCGGCUGAAUCGCUCUGGCGACGCGGAACACGCGGCCAAGAAAAAGAAACGGGCCAUCCACAAACUCGUCUUAUGA